AUGGCACAGAGUUGUAAUAACCCUCCCAGUAAUAGGAAAAUGUAUAAUAUUAAUGGUCCUUUUCAUUCCUCCUCGGAUCUUAUAGCUCCACCAGGCUAUAGCUCUAAACCAACAGUGCUUUCAACUCGGCAUCAGGUUGGCAAGGUAAGACCAACCUUGUGAUGAGCACAGAGGCGAUCUCUGAUCCUUCUUGUCCCUCUCUUUGAGUAAGGGGAGUGAGGGAAAAGAAGAGUAAAUGCCGCACAUCUUGUCCUCUCUCUUUGGGACUUGGUGUACCCGUUGAGCCAAGAGGCAACAUCAAAUGAAUGGGCCAGUAGGUAACAGAGGCAAGGAAUGUUAAAGUUCUAAGUUUAAUGUACAUAAAAUGCUGUGUUUGAACGCAUUGUAUUUUGAAUGCUGUAAAGAGAAUUUUACAUUAAGCAGGAAUUUCCACUCUGGAUGACAGCAAAGGGCUGGUGCUAUUUUGUUUCAGUGAGUUAAACUACCUGAAGACUCAUCACCGGAAACCUGAGCUGCAAAUCUCACAGCUGGAGAGGAAACUUGGGAAGUCAAAGAUGGCCAGUAGCAGUUGUAGAAAAGCUCUGCAAUGAAGAACAAGCUUAAGAUCUCUCGAUGGGACCACAGAGGUGAAAGUUAACUGAACUUCGUAAAGGACUGAACCACAUUGCUUAUUUGCAAAUGAGUUGCUUUGUUAUUUUGUUCUUGUAACGUGUAUGUAAGCUUAAGAACUGUUCUGAAACUCAUUCUUGAGGUGGAAAGCUCAUCACAAGGUACAUAUCAGGAAUUUUGCUGAUCAACUCCGAAAAGAAAGAAACAGCCCCCCUGAGAGCAUUUUGUUUACUUCCCAGCUCCUACAAUCCUGGAUCAGGCCCUGUUUUCAGCUGGCUGUAUAUUUAUCAGAACAUUAUCAAUGUACUAUAGAACAGUCCACUGAAUGUUGACUCAAAGUCACAACCAAAGGUUGUGGGGUGUUUUUUUGUUUUUUAAAAAUAUAAGUUAUCAAACCACAAAUGUAACUUAAGAUACAUUUGAUUCCAUUUCUAUUUGCCUUCUUCUUCUUAAGAUUAUUCAGCAGAUAUCCAUCUUGAAUAAAAGGAAAUUUCAGGUUUUAUCUAUAUGGAUUGUUCUCUAAUAAUCUGAGUGCAGGGAAAGUUGGUUCAUCCAUUUGGUGUUAAGUGGCUGCCUGUGGAGCUGAUUUUCCCCCAGAUUAUUUUUAUACCUUGCAAAGUGUUUAUGGUAGUUAAGUUUCUCAAUCAUGCUGCAGUGCCAAGAGUAAUGGAAAAUUUUAUAGACAAAUAUUUCAUAUUUUAUUUCAGUGGCUUACUGAACAAGGGGGGGGGGUUGGUAUGCUUUUUCAGGAGGCAGAAAAACUUGAUAUCAGAAGGAAUGAUCAUAUACAUAGAGCAGUGUCAACCAUCACCUAAUUUUAGCAACUUGAAAUUCAUAUAUAUAUAUAUAUAUAUAUAUAUAUAUAUAUAUAUAUAUUCAUCUAGGGCAGAUAACAGAUCAGCUGCUUUUCAUCUUCUUACAGAAAAGUGACUGUCAGCAUUUUCAGUGUUAUUAACAGUAUGCAGAGAGUCCCUGAAUCUCUCCUGUCAUUUCUCUUCCCUUUCUUUGUAUCCCAUUUUGAAAGCCAAGAAUGAGAAACGGCUGUGAUUUAUUUAGUGGCUGUUGCUCAUCUGUUGUCGCUCUCCUCCUUCACAAGUAAAUGUCUGUGAAAGUACCAGUCAGCCAAACAAAGUUUCCUUUGUGAAGGUUAUUCAAUUGGGGCAAGCCGGCUGGAAGCUCCUGACAUUUUCUAUUUAGAGUAAGAUAAAUUUAAGACUUCUCAAGAAAUAAAGGACUGGGGGUAGUUUUUCCACUAAAUACUGUGGCUGUUUCAUCAACUUCAUUGAACUGAAUUGCAUUCAUAGAAAAAGUAUUAAUAUUUGUGAUCUGGUGAAUUACCACUGGGAGGCAAUAAUCAAUUCUAAAUCAUAUUUUCAUUCCUCGGACAUGCCAUUAUGGCAGGUAAGUUCAGUAGAUGCCCUAAGGCAGGCCUAUGCAAAUUGUGAUGCACCAAGCUGAAAGUAGGUCUCAGGUCAUAUACAGUGAUCUCCCAUUUUUGCUGCUGACAUGUGACUGCAAAAACAUGGUGACUCUCAAGUACUUGGCAGUUCAUGAUAUAUGAUAUCCUUGCAGUGUUCAACUUACUGGGUCACAAAUUGCACUAACAGCCUCCUGCCACUUGAAACACAAACCCUGGCUAAACAUCUGAAACCCCUGGAAUCUGGCCCUGUUCAGAGAUUGGGGUGGUGUAUGACAAUAUUAUAAAAGGGGAAGCGGAUACCUUUCCUGCCGAGGAAGGCAUGUGCUAGAAUCGAAAGUCACUUUCUAUAAAACUGUAUCUACAAUCUUUUUGAUUCAACACACAUCCCCAUUAAUGGGGUAACAUGUGAAUUAGCCCUUGGUCUCAGUCUCAGGCACCUGCACUGAGAAGAUAGGCUCCAAAAUGAUCUCUGUGGGAGCUUCUUUUGCUGGAUGCUUCCAGUCUCUGCACACUCUUUUUUAUCAGGGCUGUAUAAACUGUGGAAACAUAAGAACUGACAAUGCUACCUGCUAUGUUUUGUUAUCAAGCAGUUUUGCCUCAAACCUAGACAGCAAAUAACUGUGGUUCCCUCAGCAGAAUCAGGUCUGUCUGCAAGCUGUGCAUGAUUAAAUUUUACAUACAGUAAAAGAGGUUACAUUCCAGAGAGUGUUACUUACAUGCCCUAGCCUAGCAGUUUCCCUUUCUAAGAUAUGACAAAGUAACAUCACUCCUAAUCCUUUUAUCGUUACUCUGUCUCUUCUUUUUCUUCUUUUGUCCUCUUUUAGGUAAAAUGCACAUUUAGCAGUAAACAGAGGAGAAAAUAUGAUCCUGAUGCAAAAGCUGUUGCUAAUGACAUGAUCUGCUUUCAGUCUCAUUAUUUUGCGAAUAAUAACGACAGCUAA